UUAAGAAGAUUAAGAAGAGCUUGCUCUCCAUCUGCAGUCUGCCUCACACAUCCAGUGAUGUUAUAAUGACUAAAUCAUUUUUAUCUUGAUUCAAAUCGCGUGCUGAUGACCCGAUUGACUGUAAUGAUUUUGCUGGGGAUAACGAGCAAUGCUGGAUUGGUUUGGCCUGGAUCUGUGUUGAAUUGGCAUCGUGAAUGUUAGAGCUGAAAUGCUUUACUACAGGAAAUGAAGACGCGACCCACAGGAAACACCUCUAACACCGACUGGAUGGGCUCCCUGUGCCCUGCCCUCACAUCUAUGCCCCUCAAGCACCUGGCGGUUCCCGGUUCUCAUGAUUCCUUCAGCUUCUGGGUGGAUGAGCAAGCUCCAGUCGGUCCAGACCAGAAAGCAUAUGUGAAGCACCUGGUUGCGAUAUUUCGCUUUCUGGCCAAGAAGGUGAUGAAGAAGUGGUCCAUGACCCAGAACCUCACCUUCAGGGAACAGCUUGAGGGAGGAAUACGUUAUUUCGACCUGCGUGUUUCCUCCAAACCGGGAGAACCAGGACACGAGAUAUACUUUAUCCAUGGGCUGUUUGGACACAAAGUACGUGAUGGCCUUAAUGACAUUAAUAAUUUUUUGACCAAACACAAGAAAGAGGUUGUUUUUUUAGACUUUAACCAUCAUUAUGCAAUGAGCGAGGAGCAUCAUCAUUACCUAAUCAAGAUGCUGAAGGACGUGUUUGGUCACAAGCUCUGCAGGAUUGACGUGGUGGAGGAAAUUACUCUGAACUAUCUGUGGGAGGACGUGUACCAGGUACUAGUGUUCUACCACCAUCCAUCUGCUGAGAGCUGUCCUGUGAUGUGGCCUGGUAGUAAAAUUCCCGCCCCCUGGGCCAAUACCACAGACGCCACCGACCUCAUCCAGUUCCUGGAGACGACUCUGGGUGAACGAGCCAAAUACGGCAGCUUUCAUGUGUCUCAAGCCAUUUUAACCCCACGUGUCAAGACCAUCGCCAGAGGCCUGGUACGGGGGCUAAGAAACUACCUGGUGGAGAAGAACCUUCCAACUAUAAUGAUGUGGGUGGAGGCACAAAAGCCAGGCGUAGAUGGGGUCAAUAUCAUCACUUCCGACUUCGUAGAACUUGUGGAUUUCGCAAACACUGUCAUUAAAUUAAAUAACCUCCUCAUUCAAGAUCGGCCACAGGCACAUGACCUUUUCAGUGACUGCCACAAAGACUGAAGGUGUGCUGACCACAAAGACCUGGAAUGACAUGGGGGUCACAACGUGAUUAUCAAGAAGUGAUUGAUACCUAUGGCCAUAUGAGCUCUAAAUUGGCCAUUUUUUUAUAUUUAAUUCAACAAAGCUUUGAGUGCCAUCAAUCUGAUACCCAUGUUUUGCUAACUUCACUGAAACUCAAAAGUAAUCUUUUCAACAGCUGUUGCUCACCUACACUUCAUGUACUGAAAAGAAACUAAUGUCAUUAUUUAUGAUUAAUUAUAAUAUUUUUACCAUUUUAAAAUAUAGACAGAGCAAGAACAAACAGGGUCAUUGAGUUUUUUGUUGCAUCAUGAACAUUCCCCAUAUUUUAUAUAAUAUCUCAGCACUUUAAAGUGGUUUAGCAAUGGCUCAUUUGUAUACCUGAUGUGAUCAGCAGUUGCUGGUCUUUAUUCGUGUUUGGAAGAUGUGGGCCACGGUCACGGCAGGAACCUUAUUUUGACAGCCGGU